AUGGAUGACGUCAUGGUGAAUCCAGCUGUUGUCAGAAGGAAAGAGCGUGCAUCCAUCGCUGAUCAAUCCCAGCAGCUCAUUGGCAGGAAAGGGAACCCUAUAGGGAAAUCCCUCCAGUCUGAUAUAAAAUCAGGGAACUUCUUCAGCUCAGAGCAUCAGAGGAAACUCCGCCAGUCCUCCCAGUCCAGCAGCGCGUCAUGCUCACUCACACCAGUAAGUCACCUGCAGCCUGCGCAGCCUCCUCUUCUCAUUCAGUCAUCAUCUCAUUCCUUCACUGUUCCUCUCUCAGAUCUCUGCCUGCUCGCCGCCGCGAUGCUCGUCACCGCACUCUGCGCGUCCGCGGCGCCGCUGGCGCACACGCUUACCGUCAGCCCUCCAGGUGAGGAGACAGGAGUUGUCCUGAGCUCCUGGGAGCUGGCGUUAGAAGCGCUGAAACAUCACCAGGAGGAGUUUGAGGAGGAAUUUCAAGGGAACAUAGAGUACACCUCUUUGGAUAAAUACAAUCGUUCCUCAUUCCCAGUUAACUCCCCAAACUCCAGCUUCAGCAAGGAGGCCUUUCUCCAGAGGCUGACCCAGGGUAUGCACAUCUACAUGGUUCUCCUGAGGCACGUGGAGAAGGAAUAUCCCCACUGGUCCUUCCUGACCAAGGUCAAAAACAGCCUCCUCAGGCUCAUCACUCUGAUCAAGGGAAAGAAAAUAGCAUCUGUAGAACAGAUGUUAUCAUUCUGGACCUGUGGAGACAUCCGUUCGUCUCCCAUCGGGACACAUUCUGUUCCUAAUCUUGUUUCUGUCCUACAGAUGAGAAACAGCCACCGGGUCACGGUGCCGACCAGCAGCCAGGUGAGCCAGAUGCUGAGCGAUCUCAGCAACACGGACGACUUCCACAGAAAGAUGAGAGGCCACAGCGUCCUCUACCACCUCAGGAACUUCCUCGUCGAUGGGAAAAGGGCUUUUAAAAAAUGGGACAUGACCAAACAAUGCGCCAACAGGACCCAAAACAGUUAAGAGGGGUGGAAUAUUCCUGAUAUUUGGGAAUACCUCAGUGAAUCUGGGUGGCUGGACCAUGGAGAUGUGCUUGCUGUGCCUGAGCUGUCAGGAUUAUUUAUUUAUACUGAAAGUCUCGUAUUUAUUAGAGAAGCAGAAAUAA